AUGUUAGGCAAGAUGCCACCACCACCACAACCAUCGCAGUCACCACUGCCACCACCACCACCAGGCUCAGAAGCCUUCGCCUCGCCCUAUCAAUUGGUACGCGAGAAGGAACUGCUCUUACAAGAGAAGCGGGACCGCCUCGCAGCCUUGAGAGAGGGAGAGUUGAGGAUCAAGGCGCUUCGCGCGGCCGUACAGAUGGGAGAAGCUGUUCUACAGCUCUCGCCCGAGAGAGCAAGAGUAUUCUUGCAGCAAGCUGCACCUAUUCUUAAUGCUCUCCUCGUCAACGGAAUGGGACCGGGUGACCAUCGCCCUGGCACCAGUCAACUGGUUGCUCAAGGCCCAGCCCCAUUUCCACCCGCGAGGGCUCAACAGGAUCGCGCAGAAUAUCCAGCUUCUGCUCCUGUUGCUCCUUCUCCUUUCGCUUCCGCAGUGCCUACCCCUCCUGCUCGGAGACCUUGGCAUCGAGCGAUCCAACCUAAACCUCCUUAUCAAUAG